UUUACGACACAUCGAAUACGUAAAACUGCCUUGGACUAGAUUGCGGAAUUUUAUGUCCAUUGAAGUUGUUUUAGAAAAGCUAGUGACGGUUUUGACAUGCUACUACGUUUCGACAAACAAACCAAAAAAUUGGACAAGGUGAAAAUGUUGGUGAUAUUAAAAAAAUGCGUUUUGAUAAUUUCUGUUAACCAAUUUAUGUAAGGAAUCAAAGUAGUUUUUGAAACUUAGUUUUCAUUUGUGUAAAUGUGUUAGUUUAUUGAGUGGUAAAAUCGCACUUAUCAUAAAGCUGUAUUCGGCAUCCCGUCCUGUAUAUAGUGUUUGUUGUGUGUUUUUUUUUUAUUUAUCGUUUAAACUGGUGCUUGAUUUAUGCAAAUAUUAAGUAUCGUUCAUCCCGGAAACAUCCUUGUAUGUUGGUGAUACCGUUUUUAUGUUGAUUAAAUCGUUUGUGUACUUAUCUAAAUGGUGUUGUGCUAUCUGUGGUGACAUCAAUGCGUGGAAAGUAUAGGAAAAUAUGCAAUACUCGAGUGUUAUUGUAAGCGAUACUACCCCAAGUAUUUCAAACCGACAAGCUCUCGUAAUAUGAUCUUUGCCACUGCCACGUGUACCAGUCGUUAUAAGUCGUUGCUUCGGUUUUUAUGCCUUCUCUAAAAUUCUUUUGACGGAAUGAUAAGUAAAAAAAGAGGAAAUGAAUGCAACCUAUUUUGCAGCAAUCGUCAAUCAUAUCAGAGUGUUGUGCUAUAAAUUUUAACGUGAACAUAUGGUAAGCAUUGACGCUAUCGGUUACAUCCCAAUACAAAGGUAUUGUUCGAAAUAAAAAGGUGAAAAUCGUGUUCCACCAUGUUGAAAAUAACCCCAUUGAUAUGUAUGAGGUGACAAUGGUGCGAUAAUAUAAUUAAAUGAGUUUCUGGUGAAGAAUAGAGCAAUGAUCUAGAAAGUUGUUCAUCUUUUGUUCUUGUUUUUGAUACAAAAAUUUAGUUAUGUGUUUCAUGAUGAUCAUUACACCGCAUUACAAAGUCAUCAAUGGUCAUCUAACCAUUUGAUUGCGUUUUGAGUGAUUGCAUGAAAAAAGUUACAAUCAGCUUGAUAGGAAUAUAAUUCUCUCAAACUGAAGAAAACAAUUCAUAAAUUGUUGGACAAAGCUAUUCGUUCGGUAAAUUCAAAUAGCAUUUAGCUUGUACACUUGUUACGACUUGGAUCAGUUUCAUAUCACCCUGGCAAUGCAAGAGGUUUGCAAUUCUCUCGAACACAUGGGUGCGCAAAUUAAAUCUGAAUCUCCGGCGAUCGGUUCGCUUCAAGUCGGAACAGCAGUCGUGGUUGGAAGUGAAACAGAUAUAACCAAUGCUCAGCAAGUUUCACUUACCACAAACCAGCAGCAGCAAACCAUCAUCGCAGGUAGCACUCAAUUAAUCGGCCGAAAACAAGUGAUCUGUGAUAAAACAACACGAGUUGCCACCCAGUUGUCCGUUAUAACUUCCGUAGAACCCCUCGGCGCUCAAGCUGCUACGCAGCAGCAGCCACAUCAACAGCAACGUAUCGCGGACACAUCUUAUUGGAUGCAAAACGAAAGUGGUUUUAUCAACUCACAACCCUCAAUGGCUGAAUUUUUGACACAUAUCGAUAGCGAGAGUCCCAAACUUGUUUCGCAAGGAAUUCCAAUUGGACCCAGUGAUAACAUGGAGUCCGUACCAGAGUAUCCCUGGAUGAAGGAAAAAAAAACAGCACGCAAAACGACUGCACAAGCUGAGUUUGUUGCAGAAAAUGGCUUGCCACGACGAUUACGCACAGCGUACACCAACACGCAACUACUUGAGCUCGAGAAAGAGUUUCACUUCAACAAAUAUCUUUGUCGGCCACGGAGAAUUGAAAUAGCAGCUAGUCUUGAUUUAACAGAAAGACAGGUCAAAGUGUGGUUUCAAAAUCGGCGAAUGAAGCACAAACGACAAACACUUUCCAAAACUGAUGAUGACGAAUCUGGAAAGGACGAUCUCAAGGAUUCCAAUUCAAAAAAAUCUUGUCAAGGAUGUGAACUGCCCUCGGACCACAUACCGGAUUCGACCUCCAGUUCACGGGGCAUGAACAAUAAUACUCCCAACACUGUUAUGACACCGAAUUCCACUAUCGAUAUAAGCACUCCGACUGGUGGUGGUGGAAGCACGAGUGGCGGAACCAACGCAGUCAGUGCUGAUUCAAGUGUAGCCUCCACAGAUAGCAUCGAUGAGGAGGAUGAUGUACACGCCAAAGUUAAGAAAAAAUCUGACGCGAUAAAGAAAGAAUCGGUUAGCUCAACUAAAGUUAGUAAUAGCAAUUCUUUCAAAAGCUACGAUAACUCUGGAUACCCAAAAGAUAUGGGAUGA